CUUGGUCUUAUAGACAACAGCCUGCAUAGCUUCCAGCUGGAAUCGAUCUGAAGAAGCGAUGACAGAAAACCAAUACAACCUCGACAGUCCUUUGACCUUUACUUAUAAAGAGGUCGACGGAAUCAGCGUCCUGCUUGACGUCUAUCUUCCACCACACGACGUCAACCAACAAUGCACCCAACAGGUGAAGCACCGCCCGGCAGUCGUCUACUUUCACGGAGGAGGAUUUGCCGUAGGAAAUAGACGGAGCUGGUUCCCUACUUGGCUGAAAAGCCGUUUGUCCGCACGUGGUAUCAUAUUCAUCAGCGCGGAUUAUCGUCUUAUUCCUCCAGGAACCGGAUACGAUGUGCUCGCUGAUACCAAGGACGCCAUCGCAUUUGUCGCGGGAGAUUUAAAUGUUCAACUCAAUCAACAGCAGGCUGGUCUUAGCUCUGGUUCACAUUUCCGUAUUGAUCCCGCAUCGAUCGGUGUAGCUGGAACUAGCGCGGGUGGGUUCUGUGCAUAUUUAUGCGCUAUUCAUGCAGUCCCGAAACCGAAAGUAGUUCUCAGUUUGUAUGGUAUGGGAGGCGAUUUAUUAACAGACCACUAUAUCGCUCCCAAGACGCAACCUUUCCUUCGGGGAAGAGAAAUGCUAGAUCCCGCACGGUUCUCCGAAUAUAUACAUCCGUUCGGCAGCCUCCCAAGUACAUCAGACUCACCACUUGCAUACCAUCCACUGUCAUAUCACAUCCCUGGAUAUCCUGCGAACCCACGAAUGCUAAUCUCACGCUUAUACCUGCAGCUCGGGGUCGCCUUAGACUAUAUCACGGGCCAGCAUGAACCAAGUCUCAGCACUACGUUACGCCAGGCCAUCCAUACUGAAGGUCCAUUCGACGAGGCACUCAUUGCUGAUCACAAGAACAUUUUCCCUCAGUUCAACGUUACAUCGGAUUGGCCGGCAACAUACCUCAUCCAUGGAACUAGUGACACAGCUGUCCUCCUGCGGGAGUCUCGCAAUUUGCAUUCCUUACUCACGAAGGCUGGCGUUGAAGUCGUAUUGGAAGAACUGCCAGGUCGAGAGCAUUCAUUCGAUUAUCAACCAGGCGCAGAGCUGGAAAACAAAGGAUCGUAUGAUACAAUUGUCCAGUUCCUUUACGGCCACCUAACUUAAAACCAGUACUUAAUUUGAUAGAUGACUCGGACUGACUCUUAGUCACGGCGGCUAGAUAGAGACACAGUAGACCAAAACGCAAUCAACACAUGUACAGCAUCG